AUGAAGAUAAAUCCAGAGACCGUACAGCCAGUAACAGGAACACCAUAUGGAAAUGGAACCAUAUUUGGAAGAGAGAGAGGACACACCACCAAGAAAAUCAUGUCCAGAUCACAGCACAAGAAGAACCUCAAGCAGAACCCAUCCGAGUUCGCUAAAUUGGCAAUGGAGAAGACCGCAAUGGCAAAGAGCAUCGCAAAGGAGAUAUGCGGGCUGGCUCCAUACGAGAAGAAAGCUAUUGACUUCGGAAGAAGAGGCGAAGAGAAAAAAAUGAGAAAGUUCUUGAAGAAGAGACUCGGAUCAAUGAAGACCGCCAAGAGAAAGCAAGAAAGACUUUUAUCUGAAAUGAGACAAAUGAACCAAUAA